CGGGAGCCGGAGGCCCCGGGCUCUCUGGGCCGCGCCUGAGGCGGACGCAACGGGGCCGGGAGGCGGCGGCAGUAGUGGCGGCGGCAGCGGCGCGGCUGGGCGCCGCGGCUGGCCCGAGUGGAUGGAGUUGGAGGGGCGGAGUGCAGGCGGUGUGGCGGGAGGACCGGCUGCUGGGCCCGGGCGGAGCCCCGGGGAGUCUGCGCUGCUGGACGGGUGGCUGCAGCGGGGCGUGGGCCGGGGGGCCGGCGGCGGGGAGGCGGGGGCCUGUCAGACCCCAGUACGGCAGGAUCCGGAGUCCGGCCCGGAAUACGAGGCGCUGCCGGCUGGAGCCACUGUCACCACGCACAUGGUGGCCGGCGCCGUGGCAGGGAUCCUGGAGCAUUGCGUGAUGUACCCGGUCGACUGCGUCAAGACCCGGAUGCAGAGUCUACAGCCUGACCCAGCGGCCCGCUAUCGAAACGUGUUGGAGGCCCUCUGGAGAAUUAUAAGAACAGAGGGCCUGUGGAGGCCCAUGCGGGGGCUGAAUGUCACAGCAACAGGCGCGGGGCCUGCCCACGCCCUCUAUUUUGCCUGCUACGAAAAGUUAAAAAAGACAUUGAGUGAUGUAAUCCACCCAGGGGGCAAUAGCCAUAUUGCCAAUGGUAUUGAGCCUUCCUGUGCUGGUCCCCCACUUUCCCAACUCUCUGGGCUUUGCUGCUGUCAGUGCUUCCCAGUCUCAGCAUGGUUUGGAGCUGCAGCUUUGGGCUGGGGUGCAGCCGGAUGUGUGGCGACAUUACUUCACGAUGCAGCCAUGAAUCCAGCGGAAGUGGUCAAGCAGAGGAUGCAGAUGUACAACUCACCAUACCACCGAGUGACAGACUGUGUACGGGCAGUGUGGCAAAACGAAGGGGCCGGGGCCUUCUACCGCAGCUACACGACUCAGCUGACCAUGAAUGUUCCCUUUCAAGCCAUUCACUUCAUGACCUAUGAGUUCCUGCAGGAGCACUUUAACCCCCAGAGACGGUACAACCCCAGCUCCCACGUGCUCUCCGGAGCCUGUGCAGGAGCAGUAGCUGCCGCUGCCACAACCCCACUGGACGUUUGCAAAACACUGCUCAACACCCAGGAAUCCCUGGCUUUGAACUCAAACAUUACAGGACACAUCACAGGCAUGGCUAAUGCCUUCAGGACGGUUUAUCAAGUAGGCGGGGUGACUGCCUACUUCCGAGGGGUGCAGGCCAGAGUAAUCUACCAGAUCCCCUCCACGGCCAUUGCAUGGUCUGUGUAUGAAUUCUUCAAAUACCUAAUCACAAAGCGACAAGAAGAGUGGAGGGAAGGCAAGUGAAGAAGGGACCAGGGUCCCACAGCGCGGCUGCAUCCCGCCCCUCCAGCACGUCUGUGUCUCCUGGCACGACCCAGUCGCGAGUGGAGCUGGAAGAGAGGGAGAAGGCUCUCUCCGGGCUCUGGUUGGCUAACACUGGUUCUCGCCAACAUCUGUCGCCACCAUCAUCUUUCCUCCUGGGCCCUCAGCAAGUUCAGCAAAGCCCACCGCAGUACCUCUGAUGACCUACAGCCUGGACCUGGCGACCUACCUGCUCUCGACAGCUGCAGAGGGAUAGCAGCACAUUCCCCUGGUUCCUAAUUAAAAAGAAAAAAGU